AUGUCGACGGACCCAUUUUCACAGCCCGGAGAGUACGCAGUGCAGGGAAAGGAGAGCCACACUGGAUUUAUUGGCCAAAGUUCCACCCCUGAGCAUUCUAUCGGUCAGUCUGGAUUCGGCUAUACCAGUGGACUAUACCAGUGGAUAUCUCUAAGCAAGUUGGAUGUGCCAGUUAUGGAGCGCAUGGAUGUGCUGGCGACGGAUUACGGAGUAAGACAUACAGUCGUUUAA